AUGGUCGAGGGGACGAGCGCUUUCGAUCCGAGCAACUACGCCUCGCUCGGUCUCACCCACGUCCAGUAUGAUCCGUCCGACUCGUUGGCCAAGCUCAUGGCUCUCGUCACGCUCUCGCCCAUCUUUCUUCUAUGCUCGUACGUCACUAUCGUCCUUCUACGCCGCGAGUUGACCUUUAUCAACGCUCUCAUCGGUCAGCUCGCAUGCGAAGGCGUCAACUGGGCGCUAAAGCGUCUCAUCAAGCAGCCUCGUCCCACCGGUCAUCUCGGCGCUGGCUACGGAAUGCCUUCGUCCCACUCGCAGUUUCUCGGCUUCUUUGCCGCUUUUUUUCUCUCGCAUUUCUACCUCAACGGUCCGCCACUGGUCAAGCCGCGUACCUUGAUCAACUCGAUGAGACGUGUGGAACAUGCGCUUGCGAUGGUCAUGAUCGUGUCCAUCUCGAUCCUCACGUGCUACUCGAGGCAUCAUCUGCACUACCACACGCCCCUCCAGAUUGUCGUCGGCUUCAGCCUCGGUCUCGCUUUCGGAGGCGUCUACUACUACUUCACCGAACAUCUCUCCAGGAAGCCGCUUCGUCUACCGUCACCGCUGGCUGUCUCUGAGUCGUCGUCGCCUCUGGCGAUCCGUGCCAAUCGGCUGCUCCAGCCUCUCAGCACGUCGUCUGCCACUGCGCAUAAGCAAUCCGACACAUCCGCUUUGCGCGCUUUGCGGCACCGAAAACCGCCAGCGCAUAGACGCUCUUCGACGCUAGGCGAACUGAUCCUGCCGCAGCUGCAUCCUUCGCCGCCGAUUCGACAGAUGUUGCUGGAUCAUCCUGUCGCCAUCGCUUUCCGCAUCCGAGACAGCUGGGCGGUUUGGAGAGAUGGCGGCAUCGAAGGCGAGUACGGCGCGUGGAGACGCGAAUGGGAGGCGCGCAGAGCUGCUUGCUCGCCCAUCAACAGUGCCAACCGCGCCGACGUCGGCAGUUUACCACGCCAUUACUCGAUCAUGCUCGAUGCACUGAGCGAGGCGGACAAAUCGCUGCCCACAGAUACUGCGUUUUGCGUGGGCUGCGUGAUUUCCUUCUCGUCCGACUCAUCUGACUCGGCUGGCGCAGCACGCUCAGAGUACCUGGAGACUGGGUAUUCGCGAGAAUUGCCAGGCAACACACACGCCGAGCAGUGCGCGCUCGAUAAACUCGCUACGCAUUUCGGGCUGCCACAAGGAGCGAACACACGCAAUGUGCCGACGCUGGAUGUGGACCUGUAUACCACCAUGGAGCCGUGUUCGGAGCGGUUGUCGGGCAACGUGCCAUGCGUGCAGCGCAUUCUGGAGUUCAACGAGCGAGCGCAUGUGUUUGAGCUGCCUCGUCGUCUCGCAGUGCACUCGGGCGUUGCGGGAGCGCAAGACGCGUUCAGGGCCAAGCUGCGCAUACGACGUGUAUUCCAGGGCGUGUCCGAGCCGGACGACUUUGUCAAGUGUCAAGGUCAGAACAUCUUGCGCGGCAGUCAGAUCGAGGUACACACCGUGCGAUCCGGCAAGCACGAUCAUGGACAGCUCGAAAGCGAGUGUCUGCGCAUCGCUAGAAAGGGACACCCAGCGAAGAGCUAG